CCUUCCCGGGAGUCCAGCAGCCGCCGCCGCCGCCGCCAUCCGUGAGCCCUCGCGUCGCCGCCUCAGCACCCGGGCUCCGCCGCCGCCGCCGCCUGCCAGCAUGUCGGGGGUCAAGAAGCAGAAGACGGAGAGCCAGCAGAAAUCCACAAAUGUAGUCUAUCAGGCCCACCAUGUAAGCAGAAAUAAGAGAGGGCAGGUGGUUGGAACAAAGGGUGGAUUCCGAGGAUGUACCGUGUGGCUAACAGGACUUUCCGGUGCUGGGAAAACAACGAUCAGUUUUGCCCUGGAAGAGUACCUCGUCUCCCAAGGCAUCCCUUGUUACUCCCUGGAUGGCGACAAUGUCCGUCACGGGCUUAACAAAAACCUUGGGUUCUCUGCUGGAGACAGAGAAGAAAACAUCCGCCGGAUUGCCGAGGUGGCAAAGCUAUUUGCCGAUGCCGGUCUGGUCUGCAUUACCAGCUUCAUCUCUCCUUUCGCAAAGGAUCGUGAGAAUGCCCGCAAAAUCCAUGAAUUAGCAGGACUGCCAUUCUUUGAAAUAUUUGUAGAUGCACCUCUAAAUAUCUGUGAAAGCAGAGACGUAAAAGGCCUCUACAAACGGGCCCGAGCUGGAGAGAUUAAAGGAUUUACAGGUAUUGAUUCUGAUUAUGAGAAACCUGAAACUCCUGAGUGUGUGCUUAAAACCAACUUGUCCUCAGUGAGUGACUGUGUCCAGCAGGUGGUGGAACUUCUGCAAGAGCAGAACAUUGUACCCCAUUCCGUCAUCAAAGGCAUCCACGAACUCUUUGUGCCUGAAAACAAACUUGACCAAAUUCGAGCUGAGGCUGGAACUCUCCCUUCACUGUCAAUUACCAAGCUGGAUCUCCAGUGGGUCCAAGUUUUGAGUGAAGGCUGGGCCACGCCCCUCAAGGGUUUCAUGCGGGAGAAGGAGUACUUGCAGGUUAUGCACUUUGGCACCCUGUUAGAUGGUAUCCUCCAUCAUGAUGGAGUGAUCAACAUGAGCAUUCCCAUCGUACUGCCCAUCUCUGCAGAUGAUAAGACACGGCUGGAAGGGUGCAGCAAGUUUGUCCUGAUGUAUGGUGGACAGAAGGUGGCUAUCUUACGAGACCCUGAGUUCUAUGAACACAGGAAAGAGGAACGCUGUUCCCGUAUGUGGGGGACAACGUGUGAAAAACACCCCCAUAUAAAAAUGGUGAUGGAAAGUGGGGAUUGGCUGGUUGGUGGGGACCUUCAGGUACUGGAGAGAAUACGGUGGAAUGAUGGGCUGGACCAAUACCGUCUGACGCCUCUGGAGCUCAAACAGAAAUGUAAAGAGAUGAAUGCUGAUGCUGUGUUUGCAUUCCAGUUGCGCAAUCCUGUCCACAAUGGGCAUGCUCUGUUGAUGCAGGACACUCGCCGUCGGCUCCUGGAGAGAGGCUACAAGCACCCCGUGCUCCUGUUGCAUCCUCUGGGUGGCUGGACCAAGGAUGAUGAUGUGCCACUGGACUGGCGGAUGAAGCAGCACUCAGCUGUGCUUGAGGAAGGGGUUCUGGAUCCCAAGUCAACCAUUGUUGCCAUCUUUCCAUCUCCCAUGUUGUAUGCUGGUCCCACAGAGGUCCAGUGGCACUGCAGGUCCAGGAUGAUUGCAGGGGCCAAUUUCUACAUUGUGGGCAGGGACCCGGCAGGAAUGCCCCACCCUGAGACCAAGAGAGACCUGUAUGAACCCACUCAUGGGGGCAAGGUGUUAAGCAUGGCCCCUGGCCUCACCUCUGUGGAAAUCAUUCCAUUCCGAGUGGCUGCCUACAACAAAGCCAAAAAAGCCAUGGACUUCUAUGAUCCAGCAAGGCACAACGAGUUUGACUUCAUCUCAGGAACUCGUAUGAGAAAGCUUGCCAGGGAAGGAGAAAAUCCCCCAGAUGGCUUCAUGGCCCCCAAAGCGUGGAAAGUCCUGACAGAUUACUACAGGUCCCUGGAGAAGAACAACUGAGUGCUCUUUGGCUCCAGAGUUUCUUUCUGAAGUGCCUUUUUGAUUACCUUUUCUAUUUUUGUGAUUAGAUGCUUUGUAUACAGGUGCUUCUCAGUGUGACUGAUUUUAAAGUUUAUAUUUUAUGAGGUAAAAAUCGUGUCUAUAAAGACAACUCAAAAAUAUAUGUUAAAGACAAACUGAAGACUGAAUCUUAGCCGGUGAAAGCAAUAUUGUUAAUACAUUUCAGAAUGGAACUAACUGUAUUCUCUACUGCACUGAGCAAGUAGGGCCCAGAUUGCUUAAAACAAAACAAACAAACAAAAAAACAAACUUUUGAUCAUGUGUCAUUUACUUGCCAAAAAGUUAAGCAUAUUUUUUUCCAGCUUAAGUGCAAACCUGCACUGUCUGAAUGUCAGCAAUAAAUGGGCAGCUUCUCUACAACUGAUACCCCCCACCUCCCUGCAAAAAAAAAAAAAAAAAAAAAAACAUUACUUACCCUAAAUGAGAUGAGGCUCACGUGGGUAUCUUGUUUAUAUUUUACCUCAUGCCUGUAUACAGCCUUACUGCCCAUUAUCUGUGUUGGAGACCUGACCAGAGAAACCAAACUUGUGAUAAUGUGAAUUUAAUCACAGUGACUUACGAAUAACAACUCCAGUUAAAUGGUGACUUUUAAUAGUGUGGCGUGUUACCAUGGAAGGAUUUGCACACAAGGGUCAUAUAGUCUUGGUAAUGUUGUGGAAGGUUAUUUUUCAUCUUUGCUGUGGUCACUGUGUUCUACAAGACAGGCUGGGCCUGUCUGACUGUACAGCAUCAGCAAUAAACCAAAAAUAAUUCACACUACCAAACUAGCAAGGUGCUAGAACUGGAGAGACAGCAGUAAAUGUUGAACACAAACCUUUCAUUUUACAGAGGAACACAGCUGAACACUGUAAUACAAUGCAAGGUUGGCAUUAUUAGCAGGUACUGGUGGUGCUAAAUGAGCACCCAGCCCACCUGACUCCCAGUCUGGUUGUCUGUCUACCCUGGACGAUAUAGGAGCCAAGUCUGAUUUCCCCUCAGGUGCUUCACAAAGCUUUUUGAACAGAGGAUGUGUCCAAAGCAGCCUUCUUGGGUAUCAAAAAGUCCAGAAUGUUCUAAACUCCCCUAAGUUUAUUGCAAUGGGGAAAAAAAAAAUCUUUACAUUUCUCCAAAGACACAAGCUGUUUGAGAUACCCUCUGAUGGCUUUAUUUCCUGAGAGGCAAUCUUUUGUACUAUAAUUCAUUGCUGGCUAGGCAUUAUGAAAACACAGCACCUUUUAUACAUAGAUCUCUCUGGAAGAGACCUAAACAGGAAAGAGAAAACUGUGAUUUUUUUUUUUCAUAUACUCAGUGUGUUUUUAAGCUAUUCUUAGAUGAAAAAUCUUCUUUUGAGAAUUACUUUCAAUGGCCACAGCAGUUUGUCUUUAGUAGUAUAGUACCUAUAUUCAAUUAACUCAUAGGUACUCAUUACUGCCUUUUUAAAAGACAGCAUAUUUAUUGAAACAUGAGACAGCUUGUAGUGCCUUAACCAAAUGUAUUUUGUGAUUUUUUAAAAAAUCUAUUUAAAACUGCUCUGCUGCUCUGUUACCACACUUAAUGCAAAUGUCUGUUUCUAUGUACAACCUAUGCUUGUUCUUAUUUUAAUAAAUUUCUCAA